CAAUAAUUGUCUAAAAUCGCGCUUCCGUCCUUCUUUCCUUCGUGAUCGAUCCUGAGGGACCCUCAAGCCCUUGAGCCUCACUUUCCCCCUUCUUCUGACUGCCCAUGGCCGGUGACGCCCCAGUAUCCCCAGCUACGACGGAAACGACACCCCUGCUGUCUUCCAGCACAGAUGCAUCAGGCAAGGUCGACAGCCCCCGCCGCUCCUGGCUUCCCUCGUUCAGCCCUUAUCGAAGAGUGCUGUUCGCGACGAUGCUGCUCUCGAUGACUUUCUGGUUUACAGCCACGCCGCUGUUGUAUGUCUACCGUGUAUUCGCAUGCGACGAGUACUACGAAUCCCAUCCGCCAUUCGAAGGGGAGGGCGACCGGUGUGCGAUUGCGGACAUCGAGAGGACGGCGGCGAAGGAUAUUGGGCUGAUGGUCUCUUUGUCCGCGUUUAGCGGGAUGGCCAAUCUCCUCCUGACCACCUGGCAAAUUCGCCAUUGGGGACUUCGUUCUGCGAUCGUGCAGCAAACGUUUUGGCCCGCUUUGCGCAAUCUGACGCAGAUCUACAGCACGUUCUUGGGCGGGCGAGCGGGGAUCACAAUUCUGCAGACGACGCAGCUUAUCACCAUUCUCGGUGGCGGACAGGGCUACAUGCUUUCUGCCAACUCAUACAUCGCGGAGCUCGUCGCCCCGGAAGAGCGCACCGCCGCGUUCGGAGUAGUACAGGGGAUUAUGAUGCUGGGCAGCGCUCUGGCGUACAUCGGGGGAGGACUAGCUUAUGAUGUCAACAUUUCUGCGCCGUUCCAGCUGACGUUCUUUCUUCUGGUCGGCAGCACCCUGUAUACUGCGAUCUUUCUCCCCGAUAUCAGGCCCGAGACGGCCGCGUCAGAAGACAACAAGUCUGGAAAAUCAUGGCUCGCAUUCUUGGAUUCGGCUGCAGUCUUCGGACCCUGGAAGUAUGAAGGUAAAACCGGCCGUUUCUGGGGAGUUACCCUGCUCGGUAUCGGAUCAUUCGCCAGUGUGCUGGCGACGGCAUAUGUGCCCUUGAUGUUGCAACUGACAGCCACGAAUCGGUUUGGGUUCCGGCCGAUAGACAACGGAUACCUGUUGGUUUUCACACGUUUGCUCGACCCAAAUUUGACGUCUCUCAGGAUGUCUCUCCACUCUUUUUCUCGGGCGCUAUUCCUCACUUUCAUUUUCCCUAAGAUCAUCGCAUUCGGGAGAAAAUGGUUCUCACCUACCCCUCCGAUCUCGAGCGACCUCGAGGAAACUCCCGAAGAGAGCAGCACAAGUAAACCGCUGGCCGUUCUUCCAACGGACGCCACUACUUUCGAGCCAUCCGUAGACGGAUCACCCGAAACACCCGACCUAGCUGUCCCUGAAGCUACCGACAUCAAACACGGGAGCGUGUUUGACUUGACGUUCCUCCGCUGGUCGAUCAUUCUCGAUGCGUUCAUGACAUCGCUCGUGGCGUUCAACUCUCAGUCCUGGCACGUAAUUGCGGCGGCUGGCCUGUUGCCGCUCGCGUCGGGAACUGCACCUGCUUGCAAAGGCGUGCUUCUCGACAUGCUGCCUUCGUAUAAGAAAGCCGACGCGCUGUCUGGCAUUUCCCUGAUCGAGACCGUUGCGUAUAUCAGUACCGCUGGGAUAUUCAGCACCAUCUUUGCUGUUCUUUCGGAUAUUGGACACCCGAACCUGGUUUUCUUUUGCAAUGCCGGCUUGGCGUUGGUUGGCGGUUUGCUUUUGCUGGCUGUCAAAUUCCCGAAGUGGAAGUUGGUGCUUUAAAGACGCCAUAUUUUAGAUCAGAUCCACCAUAGGGUAGGUAGGGGAUGUAUUGUUCCCAUAUCCCUCCCGAUAUAGGGCUGUUUUCUGGGUACAAAUAGACUUCAAGUCCCCCUCUGAAGGCCAUUAAAUCCUCCCCUCAAAGCACUGAUGGGAGUUGAUAGCAGCAGUGGCAAAAUCAGUACACAGCUGGACAUUUGUUGCACUCUUUACAUGGCCAAUUGGGCAUCAGCCUGUGUGAUUUUAUGUGCUCUGGUAGUUACUAUUUUGGCCUAGACAGUGUUGUAGGUUACAAAAGCCUGUAUAUAUUGUUCUUUCUGCCACACAAAGAGCCAAACACUGUGAUAGUGUAUCUUGGUG